CCUUCCAGCCUCCCAGACUCUACCCACUCACCCCUCUGACCUUUCUCCGCUCCAGCCUGAGCACAACACCAGAAGCCACCCCCGGCGGGUCCUCAUGGCCUUCCUGAGCCCGGGGCAGCUCCAGAAGUUCCGGGAGGAUGGAUUCCUGGUGCUGGAAGGGUUCUUGUCCGCUGACGAGUGUGUGGCCAUGCAGCAGAGGAUUGGGGAGAUAGUGGCCAAGAUGGACGUCCCUCUCCACUGCCGCACAGAGUUUUCCACCCAGGAAGAGGAGCAGCUGCGAGCGCAGGGUAGCACAGACUAUUUCUUGAGUAGCGGCGACAAGAUUCGAUUCUUCUUUGAGAAAAGCGUUUUUGAUGAGAAAGGAAAUUUCCUGGUCCCUCCAGAGAAAUCCAUCAACAAAAUUGGCCACGCUCUGCACGCCCAUGACCCUGUCUUCAAGUGUGUCACACACUCCCCCAAGGUGCAGGCCUUGGCCAGAAGCCUGGGCCUCCAGAUGCCCGUGGUGGUGCAGAGCAUGUACAUCUUUAAGCAACCUCACUUUGGCGGCGAAGUCUCCCCUCACCAGGAUGCCACCUUCCUGUACACGGAGCCCCUGGGCCGGGUGCUGGGCAUGUGGAUCGCGCUGGAGGAUGCCACGCUGGAGAACGGCUGCCUCUGGUUCAUCCCUGGCUCCCACACCAGUGGAGUGUCGAGAAGAAUGGUCCGGGCCCCAGCUGGCUCGGCACCUGGCACCAGCUUCCUGGGGUCAGAACCAGCCCGGGACGACAGCCUCUUUGUGCCCACUCCAGUGCAUAGAGGGGCCCUUGUCCUAAUCCAUGGAGAAGUGGUGCACAAGAGCGAGCAAAACCUCUCUGACCGCUCACGCCAGGCCUACACUUUCCACCUAAUGGAGGCGUCUGGCACCACGUGGAGCCCGGAGAACUGGCUCCAGCCCACAGCCGAGCUGCCCUUCCCCUCGCUGUACACCUAAAGGAAGGCCCCCGCAGGGCUGGGCACUGUCCCCUUCCAGGAAGCUGCGGGCUGCAAGCACCAGCACCUCGCCUGACCGCCCAGCUGCAAUGGGGAAGUCACAGCUCCUCCUGGACUUUCCUUCUGCCCAGUGUCUGUGCCCCUCAGUGCUGCAGACAGGCAGGCAAGUGGUGGCAGCGGGAGUCCAGCCGGGCGCCUUUCCCAAGAUGCCUCCCUCCUCUCUCCAAAGCAGUGAUUUUCAACCUUUUUCAUCUCAUGGCACAAAUAAACUGGUUAUUGAAAUUUGGAGGCACACCAAAAAAAAAAAAGGUUUUUUGAGGAUCUGGGAAAAAAAGGUAUAAUUUUGAUUCGCUCAUACCAGACUACUAUUGUAUUGGCCAUUGUCAUUUUUUAAAUUGAGAAUCUAAGAGAAAAGAGGGCCGUGCCCCUGACUAAAUAGGGGUGUGUUUUAAAACCCCUUGCAGGGCACCAGUGUGCUCUGCAGCAAACGGGCUGGACACCGCUGCUCCGAAAGGCAGCCUCUCGGCUACAGAGGGGUUCUGGCUACUUCUCUGCCAGCUUCCUUUUGGAACUCUAUUACAGUGCAAGACACUGAAUAAAAAUGACUUCC